CUUCACCCCUACUCCCUUUAAGCCGACAGCCAAUAGGACGGUCAGGAGAAGCCCCACAACUGUCUCUGCACCAAUCACACGGAGAGACACGGAAGACGACGGCUGGAAGAGGAUGAUGUCCAGGUAUGGAGGUCUUCCAGGUGAGCUCCAUAUGAUAGAACUGGAGAAGAGUCCCCGUGGAGUCACGAGCACCGAGGCCCCGGGACAGGGUCUGGUUCCUGGUCUGGGUCUCAGCCUGACGGAGGACAGGGAUGGUUCCAGAACCCACCUCGGUGUCUACGUGGCCGGGGUCGACCCCCAGGGGGCGGCGGGGCGAGACGGACGGAUACGGGCGGGAGAUGAGCUACUGGAGAUCAACGGUCAGAUCCUGUAUGGUCGUAGUCACCAGAACGCUACAGCCAUCCUCAACAGGGCUCCUUCUAAAGUCCAGAUUCUCCUCACCAGGAAUAAAGUGGCUCUGGCGCAGAUGACUCAAGGACCCAUGGGUGGGGACUCCUCCUCUUCCUUCCUCCACCCCUCCAUCUCUCUCUCCUCUUCCUCCCUCCAUCCCUCCAUCCACGUCUCUUCCUCCCAUCCCCCCAUUCCUCCCCACUCCUCAGUCGGCACCGCCAGGAACGCCUCCUCCUCCUCCUCCAGCGGGCGAUCUGAUUGGCCAACGGGCUCCUCUCUGACCCCUGACCUCCUGAGCUGUCCCAUAAUACCCGGCGUUGACAGCACCAUAGAGAUCUGUAAAGGACACUUGGGCCUGGGACUCAGCAUCGUGGGGGGGUGUGACACGCUACUG